UUUUGCACAAGCAACGCCGAAACAUUUAGUCAAGUUUCAGUUAAGCAGAAGACCUCGACAGAUAAACAACUUCAGAAAGUGAGACCAAUAAAUAUUAUUUAGGAAUUUAUUACGAAAAUGAAAACACAAAUUGUAUUGGUAUUCGCUGUUUUGUGCGCAUGCGCACGUGCUGAUGUGGCGCAUGUGCUUCAUGACGCUACCACAACACCACAACCAGGGCCACCAAAUCCAUAUAUUUUCAGUUACCAGGCUGGACGUGCACCAGGUCAUGUAGAUCGUCAACAUACUGAAGUUUCGGAUGGCACUGGUGUGGUACGUGGUGCGUUUUCAUAUGUGGAUCCAAAGAAUCAAUUACGUACCGUACAGUAUGUUGCCGAUGAAAAUGGUUUCCAUCCACAAUUAAGUCAUGAACUGGAAGAUAGUGAAUCAGUGAAAUUAGCAAAGCAAAAACAUUUCGCUUUAUAUAAUAAAAUUGCACAAGAACAUGCAAAUGAGUUGCAUCAUCAAGCCGCCGCUGUUGCUGGCCCCCAAGAUAGCGAAGCCGUUGUCCGCGCUACAAAUAAGCACUUGAGUUUAUUUGAACGUAUUGCAGCAGAACACGCUGCAAUUGGAGCACAACAUGAGGCAGAACGAAAGGCAUUGGAAGCAGCUGGUGCAUACGACCAAACAGAAGAUGGUCAAUACCAUCCAUGAAGCUUUUUGAUGUGAAAUCAUUGAUAUUGAUAUGAUAUUUUUACGUAUAAAUACAAAUAAAUGACUUGAAAAUAAAAUGA